CCUCCGAUGUGGAUCAGUAAUUGACAAUAUCGUCAUAUUAUCUGAAAGCUCAACGAUCCUGUUGACAAAUCAUUUGGAUUGUGGAUCACCAGUGUGCUUUUAGAAGAUAGCAAUUCGAUAAAAUGUCAAGGAAUGGGAAUUCACCUUCAUAAAUUAAUGCAAUUUUAUGACUGGAGGUUAAUUUCAGCAUCAUGCUGAGAAAGAACUUACUGAAGCUUUUUAAGCUUGGUGGUUCCAGUGGUAAACCAGAUGUGUUUGUCGAGGUACUGGUGCUUAAUGUGAUGGCACCAAAACGUUUAACGCGAAGAGAUUUAUUACAAAUAUCUCUGGGCAGCCUCAUCCUCAUUGUUAUCGCUUUUAUUAUCACAUACAGCGUUAUACUCUACCAAGUUGAUCGAAAAAUGCACAUCGCCCGGAAACGAGCUUCUCUCGAUCUUCAAAAUAGUCGCGCUAAACGAGUGAAAUUUAAGGCUAGAGAUUCUAAUUUACAAACAAUUACCAGUGAUGACCAGUUGACUGGCAAGACACAGAUGCGGAUACCAAUAUGGAAUCCUGGUGAGUAUGAUAGAAAGCCAUCAGAUAUGCCCAAAUGUGUCGCCACCGCUAAAUUUCUAGUCCUUAUUACCACAGCACCUGGGAACAUAGAUCGCAGAACAGCUAUCAGAAAAACAUGGUGUAAUCCUUAUGCUUCAGAGCAUUCGAAGGAUUCGUGGCAGUGUGUGUUUUUGAUAGGUGCCAGUAAUAAUCAAAGCAUGAUGGAAUCGGUGGCGCGAGAAAAAGCUCACUAUCAGGAUAUUCUUCAUGGCAGCUACAUAGAUUCUUAUAGAAAUCUCACCUACAAAGUUUUUAAUUCGUUUACGUGGAGUCGGACCUAUUGUCCUCUAGAAUAUGUUAUGAAAACAGACGAUGACUGUUUUGUAAAUACGAAACUUGUUUACAGGUUUCUAACAACUCACAACACAAAGACAACAAAUCUGUACGUUGGCAAAAUAUUUUUAGAAGUGGAUAAACGAGAAGUUAUACGAAAUAAUUUUAGUAAAUGGAAAGUCUCGAAAGACGAUUAUGCGGCUAAUACCUAUCCUCCGUACGCUAGCGGUACAGGUUAUAUCAUGUCUCAGGAUGUUAUCGCAAAGGUUGUGGACGAAUGUCGUUAUCAUACUCCCAUUCCUGUAGAAGAUGCCUACACGGGGAUUGUGAUAGACGCCUUACGUGUAGAUCCUAAAACAAGUGCUCGAUUUAUGCCGUUUAGUUCCGGUUUAUCAAUAUGUAAUUAUUUGUAUAUGUUCGUAACUCAUAAUGUCGAACCUGAUCGCCAGUCUGUCAUGCAUCAUAAUAUGUUGAUAGCCAAGUCCAAAUGUCCGGGUGAUGAAGAAGAAACAACUUGGUUUUAAGGAUGUCCGUUUCUCAUUGCAUACUGGUUUUAUUUUUUUUAAUUAAGUGCUUAUUGACAAUAUAAAAGAUGAAGACUGUUGUUGGUGCAUGCUGGAAGUUUGAUAUUUGAUGCCAGGGUUGUUGGUGCAUGCUGGAGGUUUUCAUUAAGAAGAUUUUAGAUGCCAGGGGCCUGUUUUACGAAAUUUUAAUUAAGAUAAAAUCCAAAUUUUACUAAUUUGAUUGGAUAAUAUUAGAUUGAUUUUUGUACUUAGCCAAUCAAAUGUGAAGUAUCUAUUAAAAUUUUGAUUUUAUCUUUAGUUAAGAUUUCGGGAAACAGUGCCCAGAGACUCAGAGUUAUUUUCAUUCCUGCGAUAUUUCAGCUUGUUAUCCUCUUUUAAUACGUGUAACUUGUAAUUGUCAGUUUAAGUAGGUCAUCAUCUACAUGUAAUAAAAGGUUGGGUGUUGGAUAUACAUUUCGCUAUUACAGGUCACAUGUUAUAUGUACAUGAAAGCAACCGUUCAACUGUAAAGCAAGUCAUUAAAAUGUAUGUCAAUGCAACAGUUUAAAUCAUAAUAGUCAGUCGUAACAAUGCAAAAUAGUAGCUCAAUAAAUAGUUUAAAAUUAUUCAUCAUGAUAUACGCUUCAAUAAUUCCUCACAAUCCUCAUGUACAUUACGUCAACUUUAGAUUGAGAAAUUUCAUUUGAAUUUUGAUCCUUUCAGUUUUUGUAUUAUCGGAUGAAUUUAUUAAAUGUAAAAUACUUUCAAGUCUACCUCCUACCUUUACAAGUGAUUCAUAAUUUAUAAAGUAUGAAAUUUUAAAAUCCCUUUUUCUCAUUAAUGCAUAUACAUGUAACGUAACAGUAUGGUGUGGUGAUAACAGAUUUAUUUUCUGUCUAUGCUAAAAGACAAGAUAUGAAGGAUUGUGAAGGUAUGAUUUGUGAUGAAGGUACAUGAAUGUGUACAGAUAUGAAUAUUGAUGGUAUUUGUUCAAACUAUAACAUUAAAUUUUAAAUACCAUCACAAUUCAUGCCUGUACCUUCAUCACAAUUCAUACAUUCGCAAUCCUUCAUUUGUAAACCUUUUAGUACGUGUAUAGACAAAAAAAAUACUUGAGAGGGGUUCAUUUUAAACAAUAACACAGAUAUAGGUCUGAAAGCUCAAACACUCUACCCAUAGAAAAUAUUACCUCGUAACCUUAGUAACCAAGAAAAUAUUGAUAUUUGGUCCAAAUUAAUAUUUCUAUGGGUAAAGCUAAACAGUACUGCCAGUCAAAACAUAUAAGGAUCUUUUUAUAUAUACAUGUACAUUGUUUCAGAUGUAGAUAAUGUACUAUAAUAAUAUAACACAAGGUACAAUUUUAUGGAUACACAAUUACUCAGUUUAAUACUGAUUAUAAGCUAUUAGUAUUGAACUGCGUAAUUUUGUGGAUACACAAUUACUCAGUUUAAUACUAAGCUAUUACUAUUAAACUGAGUAAUUGUGUAUCCACAAAAUUGUUCAAUUACUAAAUGCCAAUCAAAGAAGAUAUAAUAAUAUAUACUAAUACUUUAAAAUAUGAUGCAAUAUUUGUAAAUAUUAAAAGCUGAAAUUGUUAAAAACAAAGAAUCAGAUACUUUGAUAAUACAUGUAACAAUUCACUGGUCCUAUUAAUGAUAUACAUGUCCACAGAUGCAUUAACGUGUACCUCGUUGGUUUUCUCCGGGUCCUCCGGCUUCCUCCCACUGAUAAAGACCCCUACGUGCAAGCGAAUUAUUGAAAUAAAAUUGAACCAUAUGUAAGUCCUAAAAUGACCUAGAUUGUGUCAAGUGAACGUUAAACCCCAUUUCUCUCUCUCUCGCAUUAACUUGUGUCGUAAUUGUGAGUGCAUUUGGUUUUAAUUUUAAUCAGCUUUUGGGAAGAGAAUUUAUUAAGAAGGCAUUGUGAAGGUGUAUACGGUUAUUACACACAGCUUUCUUGCAUGAAAUCUAUGUGAACUUAAUUUACACUGAGUUUAACCCCAACAUUUACGUUUUUUCAAUCUUACCAUGUAUAGGGGUAAAUUUUACACAAUUUACAAAA